CAGCUGAUUGUCAGUAAGCUUCCUUUAUUUUGAUCAUAUUUGCUGCAUAUAAACAGAAGCUUACUUACAGGAAAAUUACUACAUGUACAUGCAUGUUCAAGAUCAAAAGGUUAUUUUGAAUUAUUUUUAUUUGAUCUGGUUUUGUUUCGAUUUUUUAGCUCAAGCUAGCGUAAAUGAUAAAUGCAGGAAUAAUCUGACUUGAACAAGGCUACUAACUUAAUCGUCUUCUGAUUCUGAAUAAAUUCUUCUGAUGCAAGCUUUUUAGUUGAUUACACCCUUUUAAACCAUUAAGACUGGUGUGAUAAUAGAAAUGAAUUUUGUUAUAACUGAUUAAGAAACUAACUUUUAAGUAAACAACAUCGGGUUUGAGUGAAGAACAGCUGUCUUGUGACUGCUAGUCAGCUAGUGGCCAUACAAGAACCUAAAGCGGUUGCUGAUAUUAUGUCCACAUGAGAAACUGAACCUGAAGAAAAUUAAAUCACAGCAUAAACUCACCAUUGGCUCUCUUGUCCCAAAAUGCAGAUAUAAUCCUUGAAUUACCCAACAGCUGACUUUAUAACACUGUAGCUGUUUGAAUGACUCAAGUGAUCAUCCUUGCUACUGUCUACUUGAUAGGGAUGUCACCAUUGGAGAGGCCCUCUUAGUGUGGUAUGUAUAUCCAUCCCUCGUCUAAAUUUCAAAUAUGACCGUUUUGCUCUUUGAGGAGGAGGCCAUGUCCCGGUAGGUAUUUAUCCAUCUUUACAUUGUUUGUUUCCAUUUCAUCUCGACUUUAUGUUGCUGUGUCAGGGUCUUGUUGCUUGAUGGUAUUUUUCCCUAACAGAGCGUCAUUAGACUCUUGACCUAACAGGGGAGUAGUGGCACUGACACCCCCACGUACAUGUACUGUACCUCAUGCUUAGUCAGGUGAAAAGAGCAUGUUGAGCUCUCUUCUGGCUCAAAUAGCCUGAACUUUGCAGUACCUAAAGUACUUAACUUCCUUAAGUCCCCUUUCCUGGGUUUUUUAGUUAUUCAGACAUGACAUUGGCCAGUUCUGUUUUCCUCGAAUGAAGCCUUACAAAUCGGCGGACUAUUAACCUUGUGUUUUCAACUUUUUCUGUUAUUAAAAAUAUAUUUAUUAUGAAAAAUCUGACUGAUUUCAGUAAAACAGUGGAAAUCGGUGUGGAUCCAUGCCUGUAUUUGGUGGUGUUUAUUCUCUUCUUGCUCAAAUAACCUGAACUUUGCAGUACCUAUCUUGCUUGUCUAACAACCUGACAUUACAAUAGUUGUUGAAUGCCUUUUCUAUUUUAUUUCAGAUUUAGCAUUUUAAAAUGCAUUGAAUAAAAUCAUGGUCAAUGAGAAACAAACAAACAGUAUGGAGAAUGGUUCUCGUCAGACUUCACACAACCAGGCUUGCCAUUUGGGUGGGAACACUUUUCAAGUGAGUAACCUUUGCUACAUUCUGCAGAGUCGCUUCAACAGCUAUUAAUGAGUAGCCUGUUCCCCAACUGAUGGUAUUUAAAAGUACAUUGUAAAAGUAACCAAGAACUUCAUCCCAUACUGUUCUAGAUAUGUGAGUGUUUCUUUAAAAACCCUAGUAUUAAAAUUUUUCCUACAUAUGGGAUUCAUUUUCUCUUUUCCAGUUUCCACUGACUAAUGUAAAAACCAGUAGAAAAGCUGCACUCGUAGGUAAUCCACACACCAAGUUUAGACGUUUGAAUGAUGGCAGAGUUAGAAAAAAGUUUAAGUCUUAGUCAGUGAAUGUAAGCUAUCGCUGUGUAUCAAUGAUUCAGCUCUGUAAUAAUAAUAAUAAUAAUAAUAAUAAUAAUAAUAAUAAAGGUCUCUAUUAAACACUCCAAACAACAGACAUGUUUAGUUACAAUGAUAUAAAUUUAGUCAUACAGAUAACUAAUUAACUAACGAGGUAACUAACUAACUUACCAGAGAACAAACAUCUAUUUACAAAAGUUGUCUUGAAAUGCUUAGUACUGACAGGUGGAAGAAUAUAGUUAUGACACCUCUUACGUAACAUAACCAUAGUUUGCUCCGGUGGCAGAAGGUCAUCCAAAGCUGUUGUUGAAUUGCUGUCGGUGAUUUUGUCCCAUAACUUCUUAUCUUUCAGGGCAAUAAUAUUUUCGAUAAAAAAAAACAGUUCUUUACAGUAACCAAGCUUAAAAGCUCUCUUGAACAGCCUGUCUAUGCGACUUAAGUAAUAAGCCCCCCCUUUUCAGAGGAGGAAAGUUAAUAAGCCCCCCCUCCCCCUCCCCCAAUCCUUAUUCUUCACAAAAAAUUAACGUGGACUGAUCAUUUAUGGUUUAUUCGUAAAAAUUACCAAAGAACAUGAGGCAGAAAGUACAUUUUUGAAGAAUAUGAAUUUUGUUUUUGUUACUUUUAGGCUCCCACAAGUGAAUUAAAUACUUUUGACAGUGACUUUAAUUGUACAACGCGUAAGUCUACUCUGUCUCAUACCACGGUAUUUUUGCUACUGGUGAUUCGUUUCGCUAAAUUAAAUAAGCCCCCCCUCUCUUUUAAGCCCCCCCCCCCUCAAAAGUGCUUGAAAAAAAUAAGCCCCCCGGGGGGCUUAAUAGAGGAUUUACAGUACUUAUGAUAAUACACACAGCCCCAUACUUCCACAGCAUAUGUAAAUAUAGGUAAGAUAAGAUUAGUAAAAAGAGGAUGAAGAUGAUCCAACGGCAAUCCAUAGAAUUUACAAACACAUGACAUGUACAAACAACUACUAGCUUUCGAUAGAAUAUUAUCUAAAUGUAAAUCCCAGUUACAUGGAUCGGACUGAAAAGUUACACCCAGCAACUUUAGACUGGGUUUCCAUUCUAUAGAAGCCAGAGGAACUGGUAAAGCCUUAGUGGAUUUGCCUUUAAGAAGCAUUGCCCACAUUUUCUUGAAGUUUAGUUGCUUACGGUUAACAGAUGUCCAUUCAACAAUGGAUUGGACCUGUAGCCUGACUAAUUGCACACAGUUUAAGCCUUGUUAUAUUGUAUAAUAAGGGUUGUAAUAUUUAAGGUGGCUCGACUGGAUAUUUUUAGGGGGAUACCUCCCAAGUUUGAGCCUUAACUACGUCGGCAUGAGUAAAGUUAUGGAAAAAAGGUUACCACAACUGUAUUGUAUAAAGAUGAAAAUUUCUUAUGAUCUGGGUUUUAUUGCAAUCGGAGUCGCCAUGGCAACAUAAUGACGCCAUUACGUUUUUCAUUUAUCUUUGUGUUUCUCUGUACCAGGAGUUUUUUGAAAAAAUCGCUUAAGGGAGUAUGUACAUGCCAUAAUUGCCUCCAUUAUGGCAAAGUUUGAAGAAAUUCUUCGAGAGCGUUUUCGAAACAUUUUGAAAUGCAGUUUUAAGAACCAUAAAAAAAGUGAAAUAGCAUGCUAGCAGCACAAUUUGCUAAUAUUUUAAGAAAAUGAUAAGCUUUGGGAAUGCGGCUUCAUCUCAUAGUGGAUUGAUUCCAUUGAAAACUGCACACAAAAAAAGAGGGGAAUUGCUCAGGGCGAUGGCGAGUAAGAAGGAUGUUAUUAACUUGCACUCACAUGCUUUUGAUACAGUUUUUGGAGGUAAUUUGGUCCAUGCCUAAAAAUUUCGCAUUUUUCCAAAAACCGCUCGAUAAAUUUUUUUAUAAAUUCGACAAUUCCGAGAUCAAUCGUCAAGAAAUAUUCCCUGCAAGUUUUAAGAACAUUGAAAACAGGGAAGGCUUUUAAAUAGGGCCUCAAAUAUUCACUCCUCAUUAUUCACUCCUCCUUCAUAUUCGUCCUCAUUAUUCACUGGCAUUGUUUUCAAGUUUCAUAUACACGUGCACAUUUAGCAAAAAGAUAGAAUUUGCAUCAAAAAGGACCCUCGGUUAAAUCUCCGGGAUAUGCUAAUUAACGGGUAAAGAGGUUAGUGAUACAUUAUAACAUCAGAGCAACUCUUUGUGAGAGCUUCUGUGAUGUUAUAACCCAAGUAAGAUAAUUAAGUAUUGCAUCCUACACGAUGAGCCGUGACGUUCACCGUUUCGGCUCUCACUGCUAUCUGUGACGACAAGCCAAUUAUUAGCAUAUACCGGAUAUUUCUUCGGAAAGUAAUCGAGAGUUCUUUUUGAUGCAAAUUUAUAUCUUUUGCUAGUUGUGCACGUGCAUAUGAAACUUGAAAACAAUGCCAGUGAAUAAUGAGGACGCUCACUUGUAAACACAAAAUCUGGGGGGAAAAUUGGUUAUGUUUGAGUCCCUAUUUAAAAGCCUUCCCUGUUUUCAAUGUUUUUUAAACUUGCAGGGAAUAUUUCUUGACGAUUGAUCUCGGGAUUGUUGAAUUUAUAAAAAAAUUUAUUGAGCGGUUUUUGGAAAAAUGCGAAAUUUUUAGGCAUGGACCAAAUUAGCUCCAAAAACUGUAUCAAAAGCAGCUGAAUGCAAGUUAAUAAAAUUCUUCUUACUCGCGAUCGCCCUGAGCAAUUCCCCUCUUUUUUUGUGUGCAGUUUUCAAUGGAAUCAAACCACUAUGAGAUGAAGCCACAUUCCCAAAGCUUAUCAUUUUCUUAAAAUAUUAGCGAAUUGUGCUGCUAGCAUGCUAUUUCACUGCUUUGAUGAUUCUUAAAACUGCAUUUCGAAAUAUCUCGAAAACGCUCUCAUAGAAUUUCUUCAAACUUCGCCAUAAUGGAGGCAAUUAUGGCAGGCACAUACUCCCUUAAGCGAUUUCUUCAAAAAACUCCUGGUACGGAGAAACACAACGAUAAAUGAAAAACGUAACGACGUCAUUACAUUGCCAUGGCGACUCCGAUUGUAAUAAAACCCAGAUCAUAAGAAAUUUUCAUCUUUAUAUAAUACAGUUGUUGUAACCUUUUUUCCAUAUCUUUACUCAUGCCGACGUAGUUAAUGCUCAAACUUGGGAGGUAUCAACCCCGAAAAUUCCAGUCGAGCCACCUUAAGCACUUCAUGGAAAGAAGAUCCCAUUUUUUUCUGGUUGAUCAGCAGCUCCAUCAAAGCAAAAUUUUGGGGUGAAAGGCAUGGAUCUAGGAUAAAUACUGACCAAUUUCCUAAAUGAGGGCCGAAGGUGCAAGCUUCUAGGUGACCUAGGGGCAUGCUCUUCCAGGAAAUGCUUUUAACUUCCUAAAGUGUCCCCUUUCCUGGGUUUUUGAGUCAUUCAGACAUGACAUUGGCCAGUUGUGUUCUCCUCCGAUGAAGCCUUGCAAAUCGGCAGACUAUUAACCUCUUGAUUUCAACUUGGAAAGUUUUUUCUUUUAAAAAAAUAUAUUUAUCUUGAAAGAUCUGACUGAUUUCCAUAAAAUGGUGGAAAUCGGUGUGGAUCCAUGCCCGUAUUUAGUGGUGUUUAUUCAAGAUUACACUCAGAAGGAAAGCUGUUUGUUGAGACCUUUAGGUAAUCCAUACUUUUCACUAAAAAGGGAAUUCAUUGUAACUUCCUGUAUUGGCAGUAGCAGAGUGAAGCAGUGUCCACAAUGGGCCAUUUCUUAGUUCCUCCGGGUCCCUGAAUCAAAACGAGGAUAAGUGAUCAGCCUUUGAUAUGAAAAUGACUUUUCAUUCUCACGCAAAUAAAACUCAUUUUCAUGAGAAAGGUGGUGCACUUGGCCUCCUUUUGAAAGUGAGGGUUUUGGGAACUCAGAAAUGGUCUAUUGAAAAGCUGUUUAUCAUACAGUUGAUAUAGGUUGAAGGUGAAGUGAAUGCUAUGUCUGAAAAACAAACUUUGUGUUAACAAAAUUAUAGACUUUAUAUUCUUCAUAUCAAAUCAAGUUAAAACAAGUGAAAGAACUGAUUUUAAUAAUGAGAACAGUUAGUCGGGAAUUUUCUACAUUUGCUUUUCCACAAACCACCAUUUUUGAAUCCUGGGGCAUCAUUUGACUGCUGCCACUGAUACAUUGUACAAAUUAAUGUUGCUUCGUGACAAUGCUGGGAACAAAUGAUGUAUUAUCAAUUCAAAAUAUCAGCAUGCAGAAAAUUGAGGGGGGGGGGGGUCUGUCAGCAUGCAGAAAAUUGAAGAGCAAUAGGCCCAUCAGAUCAUACUUACUUUUUACUACUUAACAAAGUGCUUUGAAUUUUGAACUUAAUUUUCCACCACAAAAGGAUCACCUACAGCAUACAUUUUCUGGUUUAAUCCUUUGAGGGCAGGUGGAGUCAUUUUCAGUUCUUAUGCAAUAAUGUAGAUUAUGCAUUUCUGAACCCACUUAGCUUUCAGUAUAGCAAUUAAGGUGAUUAGCAGUGAAUUAAGGAAGGACAGAUCUUUCCACAGGUACCUCAUUUUGGAAACUAUGACCAAUCCUGCCAGAGUUACACAAAAUCCCUUCAAACAUUUUUGCGGAAAAUACACUGCUAUUUUUUCUGUUCACGUUGCUACUCUUUCCAAGUUAAAUUUGCCCCUUUCCAGGAAAGUUAGCCAGCCACAAUUCCAUUGGAAAGAAAGACAAUUAAUUGUGCAAGAAAACUAGACAUCAAAGGAAAGAAAGAGAACAAGAACAAAAUUCCUAGUAGAUUUGCGAAAGAAAAAAGAACUCAAAUUUCGCUUAUGCAUGUGCGCCAAUAACAAAAUUGGAGCGUAAUUACAUCCAAUUACCAGGAAAAUAUACCUUAAUGGUUUCGCUACUAGCUGGCCGUCGGUCAAGGGUUAAAAUAAAACUUGCUUAGCAUUUCAUCUCUUAACCAUAAAAUACGUCGCCUAAUCACAGGCUUUUAAUCAAAAGUGCUUCCAACGAAGUUAACUAUAAAACAUAUGAAGGGCAUGUAACGGCAGAAAUUAUUAAAUAGGUAAACAUUUCAUAGCUGACAUAGCCUAACAGGCGAUAUUUUUUCACGUAAUGGUGUCAUUACAUUGCCAUGGCGACUCCGAUUGUAAUAAAACCCAGAUCAUAAGAAAUUUUCAUCUUUAUAUAAUACAGUUGUUGUAACCUUUUUUCCAUAUCUUUACUCAUGCCGACGUAGUUAAUGCUCAAACUUGGGAGGUAUCAACCCCGAAAAUUCCAGUCGAGCCACCUUAAGCACUUCAUGGAAAGAAGAUCCCAUUUUUUUCUGGUUGAUCAGCAGCUCCAUCAAAGCAAAAUUUUGGGGUGAAAGGCAUGGAUCUAGGAUAAAUACUGACCAAUUUCCUAAAUGAGGGCCGAAGGUGCAAGCUUCUAGGUGACCUAGGGGCAUGCUCUUCCAGGAAAUGCUUUUAACUUCCUAAAGUGUCCCCUUUCCUGGGUUUUUGAGUCAUUCAGACAUGACAUUGGCCAGUUGUGUUCUCCUCCGAUGAAGCCUUGCAAAUCGGCAGACUAUUAACCUCUUGACUUCAACUUGGAAAGUUUUUUCUAUUGUUAAAAAUAUAUUUAUUAUGAAAAAUCUGACUGAUUUCUGUAAAAUGGUGGAAAUCAGUGUGGAUCCAUGCCUGUAUUUGGUGGUGUUUAUUCAAGAUUACACUCAGAAGGAAAGCUGUUUGUUGCUGGUAAUCCAUACUUUUCCCUAAAAAGGGAAUUCAUUGGAACUUCCUGUAUUGGCAGCAACAGAGUGAAGCAGUGUCCACAAUUGGCCAUUUCCGAUUCCCUGAAUCAAAACGAGGUUAAGUGCUCAGCCUUUGAUAUGAAAAUGAGUUUUCAUUCUCAUGCAAACAAAACUCAUUUUCACAAGAAAGGUUGUGCACUUGGCCUCAUUUUGAAAGUGAGGGUUUUGGGAACUCAGAAAUGGCCCAUUAAAAAGCUGUUUAUUAUACGGUUGAGAUGGGUUGAAGGUGAAGUGAAUGCUACGUCUUAAAAACAAACUUUGUUUUAACUAAUAGACUUUAUAUUCUUCAAAUCAAAAUCAAGUUAAAACAAGUGAAAGAACUGACUUUAAUAAUGAGAACAGUUAGUCAGGAAUUUUCUACUUUUGCUUUUCCACAAACCACCAUUUUUGAAUCUUGGGGCAUGAUUUGACUGCUGCCACUGAUACAUUGUACAAAUUAAUGUUGCUUCUUGACAAUACUGGGAGCAAAUGAUGUAUUAUCAAUUCAAAAUAUCAGCAUGCAGAAAAUUGAGGGGGGGGGUGGGGUCUGUCAGCAUGCAGAAAAUUGAAGAGCAACGACAUCGAUGGGUCCAGUGGGGGAGGGCUACUGACCACUGACCCCUAGGCCCCUCCCAUCAAUAGGCCCAUCAGUACUUACUUUUCACUACUUAACAAAGUGCUUUGAAUUUUGAACUUAAUUUUCCACCACAAAAGGAUCACCUACAGCACUCAUUUUCUGGUUUAACCCUUUGAGGGCAGGUGGAGUCAUUUUCAAUUCUUAUGCAAUAAGGUAGAUUAUGCAUUUCUGAACCCACUUAGCUUUCACUAUAACAAUUAAGGUGAUUAGCAGUGAAUUAAGGAAGGACAGAUCUUUCCACAAGUACCUCAUUUUGGAAACCAGGACCAAUCUUGCCAAACAGUUUUGGGAAAAAUACACUGCUAUUUUCUCUGUUCACGUUGCUACUCUUUCCAAGUUAAAUUUGCCCCUUUCCAGGAAAGUUAGCCAGCCACAAUUCCAUUGGAAAGAAAGACAAUUAAUUGUGCAAGAAAACUAGACAUCAAAGGAAAGAAAGAGAACAAGAACAAAAUUCCUAGUAGAUUUGCGAAAGAAAAAAGAACUCAAAUUUAAACUUAUGCAUGUGCGCCAAUAACAAAAUUGGGCGUAAUUACAUCCAAUUACCAGGAAAAUAUACCUUAAUGGUUUCGCUACUAGCUGGCCGUCGGUCAAGGGUUAAAAUAAAACUUGCUUAGCAUUUCAUCUCUUAACCAUAAAAUACGCCGCCUAAUCACAGGCUUUUAAUCAAAAGUGCUUCCAACGGUUAACUAUAAAACAUAUGAAGGGCAUGUAACGGCAGAAAUUAUUAAAUAGGUAAACAUUUCAUAGCUGACAUAGCCUAACAGGCGAUAUUUUUUUUUCACGUAAUGGCGUCAUUACAUUGCCAUGGCGACUCGAUUGUAAUAAAACCCAGAUCAUAAGAAAUUUUCAUCUUUAUAUAAUACAGUUGUUGUAACCUUUUUCCAUAUCUUUACUCAUGCCGACGUAGUUAAUGCUCAAACUUGGGAGGUAUCAACCCGAAAAUUCCAGUCGAGCCACCUUAAGCACUUCAUGGAAAGAAGAUCCCAUUUUUUUUCUGGUUGAUCAGCAGCUCCAUCAAAGCAAAAUUUUGGGGUGAAAGGCAUGGAUCUAGGAUAAAUACUGACCAAUUUCCUAAAUGAGGGCCGAAGGUGCAAGCUUCUAGGUGACCUAGGGGCAUGCUCUUCCAGGAAAUGCUUUUAACUUCCUAAAGUGUCCCCUUUCCUGGGUUUUUGAGUCAUUCAGACAUGACAUUGGCCAGUUGUGUUCUCCUCCGAUGAAGCCUUGCAAAUCGGCAGACUAUUAACCUCUUGACUUCAACUUGGAAAGUUUUUUCUAUUGUUAAAAAUAUAUUUAUUAUGAAAAAUCUGACUGAUUUCUGUAAAAUGGUGGAAAUCAGUGUGGAUCCAUGCCUGUAUUUGGUGGUGUUUAUUCAAGAUUACACUCAGAAGGAAAGCUGUUUGUUGCUGGUAAUCCAUACUUUUCCCUAAAAAGGGAAUUCAUUGGAACUUCCUGUAUUGGCAGCAACAGAGUGAAGCAGUGUCCACAAUUGGCCAUUUCCGAUUCCCUGAAUCAAAACGAGGUUAAGUGCUCAGCCUUUGAUAUGAAAAUGAGUUUUCAUUCUCAUGCAAACAAAACUCAUUUUCACAAGAAAGGUUGUGCACUUGGCCUCAUUUUGAAAGUGAGGGUUUUGGGAACUCAGAAAUGGCCCAUUAAAAAGCUGUUUAUUAUACGGUUGAGAUGGGUUGAAGGUGAAGUGAAUGCUACGUCUUAAAAACAAACUUUGUUUUAACUAAUAGACUUUAUAUUCUUCAAAUCAAAAUCAAGUUAAAACAAGUGAAAGAACUGACUUUAAUAAUGAGAACAGUUAGUCAGGAAUUUUCUACUUUUGCUUUUCCACAAACCACCAUUUUUGAAUCUUGGGGCAUGAUUUGACUGCUGCCACUGAUACAUUGUACAAAUUAAUGUUGCUUCUUGACAAUACUGGGAGCAAAUGAUGUAUUAUCAAUUCAAAAUAUCAGCAUGCAGAAAAUUGAGGGGGGGGGUGGGGUCUGUCAGCAUGCAGAAAAUUGAAGAGCAACGACAUCGAUGGGUCCAGUGGGGGGGGGGGAGGGCUACUGACCCCUAGGCCCCUCCCAUCAAUAGGCCCAUCAGUACUUACUUUUCACUACUUAACAAAGUGCUUUGAAUUUUGAACUUAAUUUUCCACCACAAAAGGAUCACCUACAGCACUCAUUUUCUGGUUUAACCCUUUGAGGGCAGGUGGAGUCAUUUUCAAUUCUUAUGCAAUAAGGUAGAUUAUGCAUUUCUGAACCCACUUAGCUUUCACUAUAACAAUUAAGGUGAUUAGCAGUGAAUUAAGGAAGGACAGAUCUUUCCACAAGUACCUCAUUUUGGAAACCAGGACCAAUCUUGCCAAACAGUUUUGGGAAAAAUACACUGCUAUUUUCUCUGUUCACGUUGCUACUCUUUCCAAGUUAAAUUUGCCCCUUUCCAGGAAAGUUAGCCAGCCACAAUUCCAUUGGAAAGAAAGACAAUUAAUUGUGCAAGAAAACUAGACAUCAAAGGAAAGAAAGAGAACAAGAACAAAAUUCCUAGUAGAUUUGCGAAAGAAAAAAGAACUCAAAUUUCGCUUAUGCAUGUGCGCCAAUAACAAAAUUGGAGCGUAAUUACAUCCAAUUACCAGGAAAAUAUACCUUAAUGGUUUCGCUACUAGCUGGCCGUCGGUCAAGGGUUAAAAUAAAACUUGCUUAGCAUUUCAUCUCUUAACCAUAAAAUACGUCGCCUAAUCACAGGCUUUUAAUCAAAAGUGCUUCCAACGAAGUUAACUAUAAAACAUAUGAAGGGCAUGUAACGGCAGAAAUUAUUAAAUAGGUAAACAUUUCAUAGCUGACAUAGCCUAACAGGCGAUAUUUUUUCGCGUGUUCUCGGAGAGCGAAGGCAAUCGCAAAGCGAGGGAGGCGCCUAAAACACGUGCGAAGGGGAACUGCGCCCUUCGCUCGCUUCACGCUUCCCUUCGCUCUCUAAACAAAAGCCAAAAAAUAAUGCUGUUAUGCAGCCUAGAGACAACAAGACAAGACAAGACAUUUAUCAUCAUAAUAUUGCAAGUACAAUUUUUUGGCACGCUGUUAGCAAUAAAACGCUAGUCGAGGCGUGCCAUACAGUGGACUCCAUUACUAAAAUUCUUGGAUCCAUUUCUUGAACAUAUUAUGUAUUCAUGUCCAAUUUCUAGUUCAUCGAGUCCAUCUUAGCAAAAGAAUAUGUGACAUUUUUGGAAUUCGUUUCUUAUAAGUUGAUGUCAAUUUCUUUCACACUGGCUCCGUCUCUCCGGCAGAGAGUUGAAGUUGAAAUUGAUAUUCAGUCCUUUCGGCUGAACGGUUCCAAGCUGGAAAGUCACCGUCAUUUCACGCACCCGGACAUCAGAAAUACUGAACGAAACCUCAGGAAUUGUUUUAGCGAACAUUUGCAAAGUAUACGCAACAACACUCCUGGGUUUCCUGUGGCCCAACAUUUCAACUCCACGGGCCACAGUAUUUCUGAUGUUCAGGUGCGUGUUGUAACUCAAUAUCAUCCUAUCAGCUAUCUAUAAAGUAACUUUUUGUUCCUUGCAGGGAAACGUGGUGAUCAAGUCAGAACCAAUCGAUGAACCAAACAUGAUCUCUUUGUCGGACAUCGUAUCUGAAAUACAGAGUCAGGAGUAUUGGAGAAAUAACCAAGAUCAAACGCAUUGCACUUCGACUUGUUCCCUGGCCGAUGAAGCCUCCGCUCUCGUUGCCGAAAAACACUCUAAAGAAAGAAAAAGUAAUGAGAAUGACGCAGCCACUGACGUUUCAAAGACUCCUAGAACCGAACAAAGUGAUGUGACUCGUGCGUGCACUUUUGCAACUUCCCUGACCGAUGAAACCUCUGGACUCGUUGCUGAAAAACGCUCUCAACAAAGUGAAAGUAAUGGGAAUAACACAGUCAGUGGCACUUCAAAGACACCCAGCACAGAACAAAGUGAUGCGACUCGUCUGUUUAAAUGCUCUAAAUGUCAAAAAAGUUUCAAUAAGAAAGGAAAUCUCAAGCGACAUUUCAAUUCACACUGUAAUGAAAAACCAACUUCUAAGUGCAGUCAGUGCGGCAAGUGUUUUGCAAAGGCGUGGCAUCUGAAGGUGCAUUUUAGAAGACACACCGGCGAGAAGCGUUUCAGGUGUAAAGAAUGCAGCAGGUGUUUUGUACAGCUCUCUACUUUGCAGAUGCACGAGAGAGUUGUGCACGGUGGACAAAAACCUUUCCAGUGUGACCAAUGUGACGAGGGCUUUAGGAACUCGCAGCAUCUCUCAAAUCACAUAAAAGCAAAGCAUUCAGGUGAAAAGCCUUAUAAAUGCACUUACUGUAGCUUGCAAUUCAAACAGCAGUCCAACCUCAAGGUACAUGUGAGAAUACACACAGGCGAGAAACCUUUUGUAUGUAAAACAUGUGGCAAGAGUUUUACACGAGCAUCGGGGCUGACUGAUCACAAGAGACACCACACUGGUGAAAAACCGUUCAAAUGUUCGUGGUGUGAAAAAAGGUUCGGCCAGUCACAGCACCUCAACAGGCACUUUAAGGACAAACAUAUGGGAGUAAAACCUUUCAAAUGUAACCUCUGUAAAAAGAGUUUCUCCCAGGCUUCGAAUCUUCACACGCAUAAAAGGAUACACUCGGGUGAGAGGCCUUAUAGCUGCGAUGAAUGCGAAAAGAGAUUUAAGGAUCGUGCAUCCCUUCAAGCACAUAAAAGAACUCAUACAGGCGAGAAACCUUAUAAGUGCACCCAAUGCGACAAGAGUUUCAGGCAAGCGCAACAUCUGAGAAGACACGUGAAA